AUGCCUGCUGGUUAUCAACCUCCUAAAUUUCAACAAUUUGAGGGUAGAGGAAAUAUGAAGCAACAUGUUGCACGCUUUGUGGAGACAUGUAAUAAUGCUGGAAGAUAUGGAGACUAUCUUGUCAAGCAGUUUGUCCGGUCUCUAAAAGGAAAUGCCUUUGAUUGGUACACGGAUCUUGAGCCCAAUUCUAUUGAUAGUUGGGAGCAACUAGAGCACGAGUUUCUCAAUCGAUUCUAUAGCACGAGGCAUACUGGAAUAAAACCAAAAUCCUUUGAAGAUCUAGCUACUCGCGCUCAUGAUAUGGAGUUGAGCAUGUCUUCUGCCGGAAAGGAUAUGAUGUUUGUCCAUGACCCUCGCAAAGGAAGAGACAAGCAGGAACAUAAGAGAUGGAGCAAAUUUGUGCCCAAGAACGACAACAAAGAGUCAAUGAAUGUUAAUGUGUCGCCUGUGAAGUUCAUUACGAAGGAAGGGAAGAAGCAAAGUGUGAGAACGAAUUUCCAAGCACGUUCAGACCAAAAAUUGAUCCUAAGGGAAAUGCAAGAAAAGGAAUGCCCCUUCUUGGAAUCUGACGUUUCUGAUAUUUUUGAUGAGUUGCUUGAAUUAAAGCACAUUGAGUUGCCAGAGAUGAAGCGACCUAAUGAAGCUGAUGACCCAAAUUAUUGUAAGUAUCAUAGACUUGUGAGUCAUCCUCUUGAAAAAUGUUUGGUCUUCAAGGAUAGGGUGAUGCGAUUGGUUAGAGAAAAGAAGAUUGUCCUUGAGGAUGAGAAAGCUAGUUCUAAUCAAAUCUCCAUCACAUUCGGCUCGCUCGAUCCGGUCCAAAUGUGUAUCGCAGAAAAGCAUGAAGAAGAGUCAUUGGAGCUAGACAAAUCUCAAGUUGAUAUAGAUGGUGAUGAAGGCUGGAUUCUUAUGACUAGGCGAAGACGCAACAAGUAA